AUGGCAGCCGCGGCGACGGUGCGGCUGGGCGCCGGGGAACACUUCGAGGUCCAGGCCGAGCCGCUGACGGCCGCGAGCUUCGCGCCCUUUGGCAGCGUCGUGGCCAACCCGCGGCCCGACGUCGACCCCGGACGGGACCACGGCGGCCUCGUCCUGCCGCCCAACGCCGUGUCGGCCAACCAGGGAUCCGCCAUCCAGUACCGCGACGUGGGCUGCGUGUGCAACCUUUACGACCAGGCGCCGAGUGGAAGGGGCGAGCCCAGGAUGAGCGUGUUUGUGUGCGCCGCUCGGGGCGGAGGCGGUGACGGGGAGGACUCGUCGGCAGUGCUGCUCCCCAUUCGCUUCCUGGAGCGCCACCCGUUCACCACGCAGACCUUUUCGCCCCUGCGCUCCUCGGCGAGCACAUAUCUCGUCGUCGUCGCGCCGAGCCUCGCAUCUCCAGGUCCGCUCGACUCGACCCUUGGCCCCCGGCCAGCAAACCCGCCGCCACCGCUGCCUGGCACCGGCGGCGGCGGGCUGCCGGACCUGCGGCGGGCGCGAGCCUUUGUCUCAUCGGACGCGCAGGCCGUGACGUACGGUGCGGGCACCUGGCACGCGCCCAUGAUGGUGCUGGGCCGCCGCGGCGAGGCGCUGGCCUUUGUCGUGACGCAGUUUGCCAGCGGCGUGCCGGCCGAGGACUGCCAGCUGGUCGAGUAUGUGGCGGCCGAGGGGGGGGCCGAGAUUGGGAUUCGUGUCCGCGUUGAGGGGACGCCGAGGGUGCGGGAGAGGCUGUGA